AUGUUACAUGUGCUACGUGUGCCCCGAAAAUUGCUACCUCCAAUCCCCACCCCCAAUCCCACAUCCCAAUCACCCCAAAAACCACCAGAGGAUAUCCAUAAUCCUAAUCCUAAUGCUCGGCAUACUAAGUGCCGUUUUCGUCUUCCUAUCCUACCUCACGUCGAAAACGGGUCGAAUCCGGACAAUCCCGUUUGGCACAUUCGCACGGUCGGCCUUCCGCAGACGACCAUUGACCUAAUCCCGACUUUCGUGUACGGAAAGAGUAGUGUGGCCGUGCUCGGAAGAGGCGAUUGUUCGGUUUGCCUCAACGAAUUUAAAGAGAACGAGACGCUUCGCCUCUUGCCUAAGUGUAGCCACACUUUCCACGUCUCGUGCAUCGACACUUGGCUCCGGUCGAACAAGAAUUGCCCCAUUUGUCGUGGGUUGGUUAAUUUGGAUGCGAAAAGUGAUGAGCCUCCGAGCCCGAGUAGCUCGGUUUUAGUGGGAGAAAAUGGAGGUGAGGCGCGAAUGGAUGGAAUCGGGACUGAAGAUCAGCUGGCUGAUAUUUUCUUGGGAAGUCGGUUUAUUAGUAAUAAUAAUAAUAAUAAAUUUAGGGUUAGUGUGCGAAUGGAUGGAAUCGAGAUUGAAGAUCAGCUAGCUAAUAUUUUAUUGGGAAGUCGGUUUAUUAGUAGUAAUAAUAAUAAUAAAUUUAGGGUUAGGGUGCUUAGUGAUUUGAGUGAUCGUAUGGCGUGUUUGGAUCGAGGAUUUAGAGAGAAUGUGAGGAGGUCGGUUUCAGUGGAUUUUUCAUGUGGUACGGAUGUUUAUCGGGAGUCAGUUUGUCCUAGGAGGGACGAGGGGUGUUCGUGUGCUAAAAUGGGAGUUAUCGAGAGGCGGAUUUUUUCGGACGUGAUUUUGAAAAGAGGGUGUAAGAAUUUGAGGAUUUGUAGGACGAUAAAGAGCUCGUCUUUUGGACGUUCUCUUGAGAAAAGGCCCGUUUUGAUGAAGAGAUCUUUUUCGUUUAGCGGGAAAAGAUCGAUUCGGAAGAAUAGCCGAAGGCCCGAAGUCGAAGUCUCGAGGUGA